UUCUGGACGGCAUCCCAAGGGUUAAAGGAAUUAUCAAGUUUGAUCUGCAUGCGGAAGCUGAGACAGGGAAAACAAAGCUGAGAGUAGGAGGCAAUAUCAAAGGGAUAUAUGAGAUGGGACAAGGUACAUAUGGUUCCGACGCUAUAUAUGUCUCGGGCGCGACAGCCGAAGAAGACGAUGGCUACUUGAUAUUCUAUGCUCAUGACGAAAACACAGGAAAAUCAUGUGUGAAUGUGAUAGACGCAAAAACAAUGUCGUCUGAGCCAGUCGCAGUGGUGGAGCUGCCACACCGGGUCCCAUAUGGUUUUCACGCCUUGUUUGUUACAGAGGAACAACUACAGGAACAAACUCUUAUUUAAGCCAAAGUGGUGCACACAUAUAGACUAUUCCUGAGAUGCCAAAGUCAGGAAAAAUCCUGGAAAAUAUAAAGUUCAUCUACCAUUUGUUUUAACAGCGGUUGUCGUUUUAUUGAUCAAGUUAUUCCAAGUUAUGCAAUAAGGCAAAUUUUUGUUAACUAAAUAUAGAACUU